AAUAUAUAAUUAUUUUCUUAAUUUUGAUAAAUACAUAUUUAAAAAUGAAGUGAAAGAGAAGCACGUGAAACUGCAGCACAAGCAGCAGCAGCAGCAGCACAGGAGGAAGCAGCAGGCUCAUGAUGGAUGGUGAUUCUCAAUGUAAACUAAAACUCGGAACAGACUUAUAUGGUAUUGGUAUACUAUUACAGUAGUACCUUGCAUCAAUCAAAUAAAGAUGUAUAAGUUUUGGCUGUAUAUUCUUAUUAUUAACACAAAGAGUCACAAAAAGUAUACUCGUAUUAUGUAAGCUGUUUUUUUUUAAAUCUCAAAAUGCUGCGUGCGUGAAUGUGUAAGUGUGUUUACGUGUAGUUCGAGGCGUAUACAGUGGCGGAUCCAGGAAAUAAUGUUUGGGGGGUUAAUAAGGAUAGCGCGUAGCGCGCAAAUUUUUUUUAACAGAAACGGCAUGCAUAUCGUCUGGUAUCGAAGGCCAUUCGAUCCCAAUACAACUUUGAUUGGAGAAGGCUCAUGGGAUGCAGAGACAAAUCAACUGUCUUGUGUUGCAUUCUGCUUGCUUUACUACUCGAACAUGUUCUCAUUUUCUUGUGUCACCGAAGACAUGGUAAUGGAGAUUUCUCCCUUGUUUUUCUCGGGCAGGGUGAAAAGUCAUCCAAGAUUUCGACCGACUCAUCAUCUUCAUAAUCUGUUUCUUCCUCCUCAGAUCAUCCAAGAUUUCGACAGAUUUAUCAUCAUGGUCUUCAUAACCAGUUUCCAAAUUCAAGCCUCCCCUGCAUUCUUUUCCAGCAUAAGGAUCGUGAGAGCUAGACGUGCCAAUUUCCCACUUUUCCUGAUCCAUAGCUCUAGCUCCUUUGGCAUGGCCGCCUUCCCAACAAUAAAAAUGAAAAUAACAAAUCAUGAAAAACACAAUACUCGUGUUGGUGAUUGUUCAACAAGAAUUACCUUGAGGUUUCCUGCAGUAUGGACAAUCGGGAAGACCAGUAGCAUGGCAGGGGUUCUUUCAGACCUUUCGUCGAACACUUGGUGUGCAGCCAAGGGGUCUCACCAGCAACUCCAAGAGGUCGCACCAGCAGCUCCAAGGGGUCUCUAAGGUUGUUUCCAUGGCUUCCAAGGGGUCAUGCGACCCCAUUGACCCCACUGUGGAUCCGCCUCUGGGCGUAUAGAAGCACUGAUCAUCACAAGCUUACAAUUAUUCCGAUCCGGGAUUUAAAUUCUCUCAUUUCCUCUUUUCAUUCCUUUCUAUUCAUUUCUUUCACACUCUCUAUUUUAUCUUUCUUUUUCUAUAAAAAAUUAAUAUAAAAUAUUGACGUGACUUAACCAUGACCAUUCAAAUAAAAGAGGAGGAAAGAGAAAGAAAAAAGAGAGUAUAUAGAAUCCUACUUCCUCAACUCCUUGCUAUCACUUACUUUCAUUAAUUUUUUUGACCUAAUGUCAAUAUCAAAGGAAAAGGAUCCUCAUCCGAUCAUUUUCCUAGGGAUCUUAAGAAUUCCGUACUCGUGUCCGUUCAUCAUACAUCAUGCGGUCAGAAGAA